AUCUCCUGGAAGGAGAAAAACAAACAAGCAACUGAAGAAUGAGGAACCAUACAGAAAGAAUAGAGUUUAUCCUCCUGGGACUGUCAGAUGACCCACAAGUUCAGGUUGUGAUCUUUGUCUUUCUGCUCAUCACCUACACGCUCAGCAUCACUGGGAACCUGACCAUUAUCACCCUGACCCUGCUGGAUGCCCACCUCCAAACCCCCAUGUAUUUCUUCCUCAGAAAUUUCUCCAUCUUAGAAGUAUCAUUCACAACUGUCAGUAUACCCAAGUUCCUGGCCACCAUCAUUACAGGAGAUAAAACCAUCUCUUUUAAUGAUUGCAUUGCUCAGUUAUUUUUUUUCAUUCUCUUGGGAGUCACUGAGUUUUACCUUCUGGCUGCCAUGUCCUAUGACCGCUACAUUGCCAUCUGCAAACCCCUGCAUUACAUGACCAUCAUGAAUCACAGAGUCUGCACACUGCUUGUCUUCUCUUCCUGGCUAGUUUCAUUCUUAAUCAUAUUCCCUGCACUCAUGUUGCUCUUAAACCUUGAUUACUGUACGUCUAAUAUUAUUGACCAUUUUACCUGUGAUUAUUUUCCUUUGCUUCAACUGUCUUGUUCAGACACAAACUUCCUCGAAAUGAUGGGAUUUUCCUGUGCUGUGUUUACUCUAAUGUUCACUUUAGCAUUAAUAAUUCUGUCCUAUACAUACAUCAUCAGAACAAUUUUAAGAAUUCCUUCUACUAGUCAGAGGACAAAGGCCUUUUCCACAUGUUCUUCCCACAUGAUUGUCAUCUCCAUCUCUUAUGGCAGCUGCAUUUUUAUGUAUAUUAAACCCUCAGCACGGGAUAGGGUGUCUUUGAGCAAGGGAGUGGCUGUGCUAAACACCUCAGUAGCCCCCAUGCUGAACCCCUUCAUUUACAGCCUACGGAAUCAGCAAGUCAAGCAAGCCUUCCUGGAUAUGGCAAGAAAGACUAUUUUUCAGAAGGAGACUAAAUGAUGUACUAUAAUAAAUUAGAGAUGUUUUGCAGGGCAACUUUUAAGAGAUAUAUAAUCAAGAAUUCUAAUAACUUAUUCAAAUCACAAUGGCU